UCUUUGUUUCUUUCGUACCCUCUCCCCUCCAUUUUCUCUCUCUUCUCCCUCUCUUCGCUCUCGUCUUCAUCGCUAGGGUUUCGAUCUACGACGACGAGAGCUCCCUGAUCUACUUCGGCUCUUCUGGAAUCCGGAUUGCGCUGUUCGAGAGCUCGCGUCCGGGGCCGGCAUCGUGGGAUUUGGUUCAGUGUCUCUCUCGGAAUGCUCGAGAUUAGGGCUUUCUUUUUGAUAACAUCACUCCUCCUCGUAUAUUGCAUGGAAUGCUUGUGAUCUUGCUCGAGAUGGUUCUGGGUGGUUCAACAAUCAGAAGCAUAUUCUUGAGGAUGAAGUUAUAUUGUUGCACAUGAGAAGAGUAGCCGUGCUUGAUGCAAAGGAGGUGGCUUAUUUAGUGGUUCCUGUGGGCCAUUUUGGUAUCCCUGCUGGCAGAGAGUAUGCGUGGAAUCUGUGUUUUGGGUGAUGCCCCUGACCAGAAUCGCCGCCGAUGCAAUCGGUGUGGUGACCAUAUCCCUCGUCUCUCUAGGUGCUAUUCUGGGUCUGAUUUGCAUCUACCGCUCUUUGUAUUUCCAGCUACAGAUCCACCGAAGAGGUUUUCCCCAGCUGAAUUACUUUAAUGGGCCUUGGAUUACACGCAUCGGUUUGAUUCUAAUCGCAAUUUGGUGGGGCUUUGGAGAGAUUGUUAGGCUAACUUUUCUGAAAGAAAAAGGAAGACCUUUUUCCAGCCAACCAUGGCAGAAGAAUGUCUGCAAGUUCUAUGUCCUUUCGAAUUUAGGGUUUGCAGAACCAAGUAUUUUUCUCAUGCUUGCAUUCCUCCUCUAUGCUGCCUUGCAGAAGAGGGAGUCAGACACUCUGAGUCAACGAUGGAACAGACGGACCAUCAGCUAUGUCCUCCUUUCUUGUCUUCCGAUAUUCAUCAUGCAAUUUGUCCUCAUUUUAGUUGGACCCAAGUUCAAUAACGAGAAGAGUGGCAAGAGAACAAAGAUGUCAAAGUUCUUCUCAUGCACCUAUACUUUGACCAAUGACAGCAGUGUAUGCACCUAUCCCUUACUGAGCACUAUAGUUCUUGGGAUUUUUUAUGCUCUCCUCAUCAGCUGCGUCGCAUAUGUGGGAACCCGAUUGUUUUCUUUGGUGAUCAACAAGGGAUUGCGACGAAGAGUUUAUGUGCUGACAUCUUCAGUUAUCCUCUUUCCUCCAUUAAGGGUGCUGCUCCUUGGAUUCUCUGUCCUCCCCCACCCAGGCAAUUUGGUCUAUGAGGCCAUUGUGUUCCUAGCCUUCCUCAUGCUGUUAUUUUGCACGAUGGUGGGGAUAUGUAUGCUAGUAUAUUUUCCUGUGGCAGAUUCCUUGGCACUGAGAGACAUAGGACACAUAGAAAUUGAAGGAAUGCCAUAUGAUGACUACUACUAUGAUGGUGUCUCUCUCAUUGCUAACCAGGGCUAUCAAGACACAAGUAGGAACUCUGAUGCAUCCACCAAGCGUGGCUCCGUAUCUUUUCGCACCAUGGUCAAGGAUGAAUCCCCACAAACAGAAAACAUUGGUGAUGUUCGCUUCUUCGCUCAUGGUUCCCUCCACAUUGGUUCACCUUCUGGAUCCCCCCCAUUUCCUGGCAGGCCCAUGAUUCCACUUAGAGAAGUUCCUACGCACUAAAGAACCAUCUGCAAGCCUUUUACUCUCUUCAUCUUCUUUUUUUUCUUUUUUCAUCAAAUGAUAUCAGUUUUGUGGUAAACAAAGACUCAUGUAAAGGUGUUUUAGCGGUCAACAUUAAACAAGGUUUGCUCAUUGUUCAUAUUUUCUAUUUUGUCUUGUUAUUUCCUCCACUGUGUACCGUGCAGUGCUCUACUACAAGUCUUUAGCAUAGACUUGUUGAGUGUAUGGAAUAUCCCGCAGCAAUGUUAUAAUGAUGACAGUUCCAGCACAGGUUGUUAUCAGCUGUAAACAGGCUCGGCAGCAUUGGAAACUUAUGGCCAGUCUGGAUGUUGCUGAGCUGUAUUUAGUGACAGCUUGUUCUCUGAAUUUGCUGUUCUGGCUAUCAAUAUUUGACUUGCAAGUUGCCUUCUAUUCCAAUAAUCACUACCAGCGCAGUUUGAUGUUGGCCUAACCACUGAGCUUUUUUCUAUCGUUCCUUUUCAUCCUCUUUGUAAUUCUUCAGAAAACUACUGAAUGUUAAUCAUCAUGCCUUCUACUUGAGCAAUUGCACAA